UGAUUUCUUUUAUUUUCCGCGGAGAUCUUCGAACGAGUUUUGCUAGUAAACAUGUUCGGAAUAAAAUUUUUCCUCGUAAAAUGCGUAUUAUCGCUGUGGUUACUGAGUGUGGUUGUAGUGGAGUGCGACCACCAAAAGCGAGACAUCUAUCACAGGAUAAUCUUAAAAGAGAGUAGCCCUCAGAAAGGUCACAGAACAAGCUAUAAACACCACAAUCAUGCGAAAAAGAAACAAAAACAUGUCAGGGAAGAGCCAGCGGAACAUGACUACCAGCUUAGCGGAAGUUUCGAACAAUACAGCAAGGAAAGACCAAAGUACUUUGAAGAAAGUCUUGAAAAUAGCUACAGGAAAAAGAACAAAUCCAAAAGGCUUGCGCAGCGAUACCAUCCCAAACCAAAACACAACAAAAAUAGAAACCAGAGUUCCAAAGAAGUUAACCCAAAAACUAAGAAACAACACGAUUACGAAGAUCACGUCAAAUAUGACUGGACAUCCGACGAAUCAUCUUCUGUCGAAUUUCAGAAUGCUAGACCGUUCGAUUACAAGAAGCAGAAAAGUAACCAGCCGACGCCCGAACGUCUAGAAAAUACUUCCCAGUUGCGCACGGAAAUUCCGUAUCAGUUCGAACUUCCCGUAUAUCCCCAAUUGUACAAUCACUUAAAACUGAACAAUUACCCAUUUGGCAUGCAAAAUCAACAAGUGGUACCCAAGUUGAGUAUCAUAUUACCGAGCGUGGAGCCUAUACCGCAAGAUCAAAAAUUAAUUCUCCAAAAUCUGCCAGUUACAUACAAUUUGAAAGGGAAUGUUGAAGAGAAAAAGGUUUCUAUUGUUGGAGGUGAUAACGGUCACAGAUCGGAUCAUCAACGAAGCAGUAGAAGUAGAGAAAAGGUUAGAUCGAGGAUUGCAGAAGAUGUUCGUAAUAUGAGUCGAUGAAUGAAUUUGACAUAUUUAUUUUUAAUAAAUUUACAAAAAUAAUUAUAAACUACUGUAUACUCAUGAUUU